AUGGGAUCUCUUGUGAACGAUGUGAUUGACCUCUUUCGCGGUCACCCAAACCCAGGCUUGUUGCCGAUGGACGCCUUGACGGCGGCCUCGGCGGCGGUCAUGGCCGACCCCAAGAUCCAAGCGGACGCGUUGGUAUAUGGCCCCGAUGAGGGUUAUGCGCCUCUGCGACAACAUGUGGCCGAGUGGUUAACCUCGUUCUACCAGCCUCCUGAGCCUAGCCCGGCCGAGAGGAUCUGUAUUACGGGCGGUGCCAGCCAAAACUUGGCGUGCAUUUUACAAGUAUACACGGAUCCAGUCUACACCCGCAAUGUGUGGAUGGUGGCCCCCACGUAUUUUCUGGCGUGCCGGAUGAUGGACGAUGCCGGUUUUACCGGUCGAAUGCGCGCAAUUCCCGAGGACGAGUCCGGAAUUGAUUUGGCGUAUUUGCGUCGAGAAUUGAUCGCGUCGGAAGCAAAAGCGGUUGAAGAAGGCAACCUGAAGCCGACCCAUAAACCCUCUCGACCAUGGGGCAAGGUAUACAAGCAUCUGAUCUAUGCAAUCCCAACCUUCUCAAACCCAGCCACCCGGACGAUGUCAUUGUCAGAGCGAGAGCAGCUAGUUCGGCUGGCGCGGGAGUUUGAUGCGCUGAUCAUCACGGACGACGUAUACGACUUCCUCCAAUGGUCGCCGGAUCCUACACAACAGCUCCCAGCGCCUGGUCGCGCUUGUCAGCCGCGUCUGGUCGACGUGGAUCGAUACCUCGACGGGGGGCCCCGGGACGAAUGGGGUCACACCGUCAGCAACGGCAGUUUUAGCAAGCUGAUCGGACCGGGAACACGCACAGGGUGGGCCGAGGGGACGGAAAAGAUGGCCUGGGGUAUAUCACAAGCCGGCUCGACUCGGUCUGGAGGGGCCCCAUCGCACCUCGCCGCCGCGAUCAUUGACCAGCUCUUUCCGACUGGGGUGUUCCAACAGUACUUGGAAAAGAGCUUGCAGCCGAUGUAUUCGAGAAGAUAUCACCGUUUGAUGGACGCCAUUCGAGAACAUCUACUUCCCCUCGGAGUUACUCUUCCCCCCCAGCCCAAGGUGGCGGGUGGCUAUUUCAUCUGGGCUCAGCUUCCGGCUCCAUUAUCAGCCAAUACGCUAGCACCAAUUUCACUACAGGCACAUGGAGUGAAAGUGGCCACGGGCGGCAUCUUUCAGGUUCAGGGGGAUCCUUCGUCUGACCAAGCGGGGCUGGACCGCUACAUUCGACUCUGUUUCGCUUGGGAGGACGAGGGUCGAUUGACGGAGGGAGUUCGUCGGCUGGCGUGUGCGAUGCUAGAAAUAUUGGAGAAGUCGGUGUAA